UUUGACUAUUGGGUUUCAGAAUUCACUGGCAUUAGCACGUAUACGAAAAUUUGCGUUACUGUGCAUCAUGACUCCAAGGUCAGCUGGAGAGUCAAAACAAUUGCCCCCAGAGGUACUAUGUUUAAUCCAUAAGUCUGAUCUCAGUACAGAUGAUUUGAAGAAAAUUUAUAACUAUGCUCAAGCUAAUCCAGUGCAUCUCAGCCACCACAUAAAUCGUCUGGAAGUAUUAUUGACUAAACUGAUAAAUCCUGUGGAAUGUAGUUGUUCAAACAGAAACUCAGUGCAUUUCGACUUUGCCUGCAAAAAUGUGGAAUAUGAUGAAAGGCUUCAGCUUUCCGCUGCAUGUUUCUCCCUAAUCCCAUUUUUGAAAUGCUCCCCUCAACGUCUUCAGGAGUUCCAGUUACGUCUGUCCAGAUGCCUUUGUGACUCAUUGUCCUGCCUCCUCGAAAUCCAUGGUUUGCCUCACGUAACUUUAUCGACCGUUCAAACGUAUUUAAAUUCGAAGGUAGACAAUUUUUCAUGUGUUAUUCCGGUAGACAAGAUAAAAAAGCUACCUGACGACUUCUCCAAGUUGCUAAUUAUGCGUGUUGAUUUUUUCACUUAUUGCUUACGUUAUAUCUUUACGCGUGAUUUUCCAGUGCGCAUCACUUUUUGCUUACCUAUGUUUGUUUCCAUAUUUAGUGGUUUUUUCGAAGUAAAAUUGACAGACGUAGCGAAUAUGCCGAAUAGUCUGCUAAAAAGUUCCAGUCGUCUAAUGUUAUGUUUAGAUACUAUGUGUCAAACUGUUGGUACACUUAUCAUGCCCGCUGUUCCUUGCUUGUUAACUCUUCUCACAUAUCACUUGGAAUGGACUGCGAGCUGGCGACUUGAAAGUAAAAAUAUGGAGUAUUUUGUGCGUCUGCGUUUGGCAUCUCUUUCUUGUUUACUCCAUCUUACCACCGCGAGUUUAAAGUUUUCGUACGCAUAUUUUAUAGAAAUGAUACCACGAAUAUUUUCACAGUUGAUUUAUGAUUUACGAGGAUUUCUUUCUACUUGUCAAUAUGCAUAUCCAAUCACAUCCGCCAAUGCUGUUUUCAAUGAUGACCAUCCGAAACCUCAAGUUAAUUCGCCUGGAGUGUUUGAGAAGCGUAUGCUGUUGGCGAUCCUGCUCCUGAUAGAAUAUAUUUUUAAAGAUCCAGGGGUUCUGCGCCAUAUGGAACUUUCCAAAGCAAUAGACUCGAGUUGCACGACUAGUAAAGAAAAUCCCUCCAGUCAUACGCCUGUUCAUAACGAAGUGAAUAGUCUUUUGAUCUGUAUAGUCAGCUUACUCUCACAUAUAAAUGUUAUUCUUAGCUAUGGAGUGUCUCAUACUCAGCGGCAGGAAAAGACUGGUUUUACGGAUUUAGUCAGUCCACCUCUGUUAAUUGCUUUAGCAAAAGCUUCCUUUGCAUGUGCUAUGUCUACUCGCAGUCAAACGUUUCAUGUCACUGUCCGGAAAUUCUUCACCAACCUCACAAAACAUUCAAACAGUGUGGUAAGUUUAUUCGCAUUAGGUAAUUACUAUCAACUAUGUGGUCUAAAUAUCAGCAGUUCCAUUUGUCACGAAGAUUCAGAGAUAAAUAGAAGCAGUCUGUCAAGUACUCAAUUUACUCAUCAAACUAAGCUUGUCUUACCCGAUGAAAAAUAUGAUGUCGAAUACACUUCAGAAGUAUGUGCCGCUUCAACUAAAGUUUUGACCCCCGAACAAGAGGGACCUCCCGUCAAGCGUCUUCGAAUGAUAGAGUCACAUACAGUUGCACAAGUUACUGAUAUAUGUUCGGAUGCCAGUCGUGGUGCUGUUGAAGCUGACUUCUCACCUAAAAUUCAACAAGAGGAUUUGCCAGCAUCUAGUGAGCCGAAUGUACUUUCAUCAGAGGAUAUAAACAGUUUUCUGACCACUUUCGAUCCGACUUUUAUGUGAUUCUUUGGUAAUUUUACUCCCAUUCAUACCUCUGUAAAUAAAACACUUAUUCUAUAGUUAAAAGAAUAUUGAGAAUAAUUUAACUUGUUUAUUUUUUCAGCUAUUGCAGUGCUAAAAUCGUCGUAUCCAAUUUGAAAAUUCCCUUGCAAGUUCUCUGUUUUUCUGUGGCUUUUGUUUAAGUCAUGAAAAACGUUUGUAUGUUCAACAAACUAAACUUUUGGGUGUAAACAUUAGCAAGUUCAGA